AUGGUCCAGAUGAAAUCUACACCCAAGACUCCGGGUUCAUAUCCUGCAACGGAGCAGCAAUUUGGCCCGCAAUUCAAAGUGGCGCACCAAAGAGUACAGAUAGAUGUGGAUCUAUCGAAAAAUUGCAUUGUGGGGACGACAGAGAUGAUUAUCAUGCCCCUAACCCCUCACCUAGAAUACAUUGCAUUGGACUGUAAGAAUAUGAGAAUAAAGGAUAUUAUAUUUGAGAAUAGAAGGCUGGAUAAUUUUGUUCACGAUGAUCCGUACAAAAAACUGUCUGAUUCAUAUUUGAACAAUCUGGAAGAUGACGUACUAUAUAAUAACAACGGGAUAGAGCAAAGUCACUUGUUAAGGAAGAAGUUUUCAGAAUUCAAUCAUAAUCCGGAGGGUUCAUCCAAAUCUCAGCUAUUAAUCAAAGUUCCAUCAUCGGUCAAAAUUAUGCCCCACGACGUUAACACUCUUGCCGCAUACUUGGGAAACUCCGUAGGCGCGCCAAACAUAACACCAUCGUUGAAAAACACACCCUCGACUUUUCCAGGAGACACAAUAUACACGCCUUUGACACUUCGAGUCGACUACGAGCUGGAUCAUCCCCACACUGGUGUCUGUUUUGACACGGUAUCCUCUGAACCACACCUAUGGAAUGCAUACACAACAAAUUCAGAAUUGAACAGCUCCGUUUCGCAUUGGCUACCAUGCAUAGACUCCUUGGAUGAAAAGUGCACUUGGGAGCUAGAAAUAUCGGUACCUAAACGUGUCAAAGAUAUAGGAACAACGAAGGUUGUUGGUGCGAGGAAUCUACGAAAGAGAAGCAGAAGGGAUAAACGGUCGAAUAUGUCUUCUGGUGCAGUAGAUGAUGACGACGACGAAGACGAGGAAGAAGAUGAAGAGGAUGAGGAGGAGGAAGAUGGGGCGGCGUAUAACGAGUUCAUGAAUUCUGAAAUAACAGUUGUGUGUUCUGAAAUGGCAACAAAAAAAGUGACUGCACAUCCUAUGGACAUGGCUAAAAAGACGGUUUCUUUCCAAAUCUUCACACCUGUUGCCCCCCAUCAUAUCGGAUGGGCAGUUGGUGCAUUCCAAGUGCUUGAGCUUCCUUCCAUUCUUCAUGCAGAUGAAGAUGAUGACAUCGAUGAACUAAAAAUGCAUCAGCAGGAACAAGCUUUGGCAGAUGACACUCGUGAUGAAAUCCCAAUUUUUGUUUACACUUUACCCACUCCCGAUAUGGAUGAGAAAACGGUUCUCAAUUCAACACUAGUAUGCCAGGAAAUAAUGGACUUCUAUUCAAAGGAGUUUGGUUCUUACCCAUUCACAUCAUACUCUCUUGUUUUCUUGCCCACAUUGACUGCAGAGUAUAUGGACUUCACAAGUGCAACCUUUUUUAAUUCCAGGAUUCUUUACCCACCUGACGUCAUAGAUUUGAUCUUUCCAACAACCAAUACCCUUGCAUGGGGGCUAGCAAAUCAAUGGUCAGGGGUGAAUAUCACUCCCCUGGAACUUAAUGAUCUAUGGUGUGUUAUAGGGAUGGCAGGAUAUAUGGUCUCCCAAUUGAUUCGAAAACUUAUGGGUCUAAACGAGUAUAAAUACAGGAUCAAAAUGGCAGCCGAAGCCAUUGUGGAACAAGAUUGGGAGAAACAACCGAUCGGUUCAUAUUUUGAUUCUGCGUCAUUACCCGUUUCAACAAUAUCUAACGAUCUAAGCUUUAUUAAGCUAAAAGCUCCAAUGGUUCUGUUCAUCUUGGAUCGACGUAUGACAAAGACCGAAAGAUCCUUUGGUAUGUCCCGUGUCCUCCCAAAAAUAUACCUUCAAGCUAUGUCUGGCGAAUUAACAAAUAAUUCUCUUUCUAGCGCCCAUUUUCAAAGGGUCUGCGAACGAGUGAAUAAAAACAGACUCGAGACAUUUUUUAAGCAAUGGGUUUAUGGAUCCGGUGUUCCUAUCUUUCGUAUAACUCAAAGAUUCAACAAAAAGAGGAUGGCCGUAGAAAUGGGUAUAAGACAAGUUCAGAUGCAGGAAUUGGGUGUAGGGAAGAUCGUUGGAGAAGAGAAUUUUCAUUCUAGUGCUAUGGAGUAUCUUCGGGAUCAAGAAAAAUACCCCACCCAAGUAUUUACAGGUUCAAUGACAAUUAGAAUACACGAAGCAGAUGGCACUCCAUAUGAACACAUCGUUGAACUAAAAGAUGUCUUUACUAAACUAGAUAUUCAAUACAAUACCAAGUACAAAAGGCUUAAAAGGCGUAGAAAAGUUAAUAAGGUUACCAAAGAAGCGAAGGAUGAAGUUAAAGAAGAUAUGAAUGACGAGGAUAAUGGUAAUGAAGACAUAGUUCUAAUCAACUGCAUGGGUGAUGUUUUGACCAGUAAAGAUGACUGCAAUAAAUGGAGUUUAACAGAUCCUAUCACAACUUCAGAAGGUGAUGAUCUACAACAGCAGAACGAAGCAUUUGAAUGGAUUAGAAUUGAUGCUGACUUUGAAUGGAUUUGCAAGGUGCACAUUAACCAACCCGAUUAUAUGUUUGCAUCCCAACUACAACAGGAUAGAGAUGUCGAAGCUCAAAUUGAAAGUGUCAGAUUCUUUGAAGAUCUGAUAAUAAACUCUUCGUCUAAUUCUCUUGUGUAUUCUUCAAUCCUAACCAGAACAGCAAUGGACCCUAAGUACUUCCAUGGUGUUCGUGUAGCUGCUUGUAGAGCUCUCUCCAAAUUUGUGAUUAAAAAUAAUGAACCUACAGAAUUCACUGGGGGACCGCGGCAUCUCAUAAAAAUAUUCAGAGAGUUGUUCUGUUAUAAUGAUUCCAAUAUUCCGAAAAACAACGAUUUCUCAGAUUAUCAAAAAUAUAUGUUACAGAAAUCAAUUCCUAAGUUUCUUGCGUUAGUAAGAAAUGAUGAGGGUGUCUGUCCAUCAUUUGUCAAGCAGUUCCUACUAGAUGUAGUAAGGUAUAAUGACAAUUCUGGAAAUAUCUAUAACGAUACAUUCUACGUGUCUCAAUUGUUGGAAUCCCUUGUUAACUGCACACUUUCCGAUGUGAUAGACGAAAAUCAUGUUCAAGAAGUCAUGAAUGAGAUUCAACGAUUCUAUAACUUAGAUCAAUGGAUGCCGUCGUAUCAACAUUUGAUAGCCACAACGAUUAAAACACAACGAUUAAAACUUUCAGUGCAUGGCCUUUACCAUUACGACAAUUUUAGUCAAUUAUUAAGUUCAACUAUUUUAGACAAUCAAGGCGAUGAGCGUUCAACUGUCUGCCAUUCCAGGGACGGUAAACAGGAUGCUGUAUUAGAAGAUUUUAAAAUCCUACUUGUAAUAGGUGGUAUCAAAAAUAAGGAAGUCCUCAAAUACUUUUUCGAAAAUCUCUGUUUCCACCCAGAUCCAUAUAUUAGAACAAAGCUUGUUGAUGUGUUUAUUGGUGCAAUUGACUUGAUAUCUGCAAAAUUCCACAUAUCUGAUCUUGAAGAUGACAUAGAAUAUAUGAUAAACGAGAUAUGUCCAUCGGAACCUGACAUGGCUUCCGGAUCUAUCGUUGUUGAAGAUUUCACAAAGGAAAUCGCGCAAAGAAAGGAAACACAGAUGAGGUCGUCUAUACACGGUAUGAUAUCCUUAAUAAGAAGAAGAUUCAAAGAUUAUCAACCACUUAGAACAAUUUUGUGGGAUGUUCUCCAUUCCCCAUUGCUCAACGUAUACCAAAGAAAACGAUUAUUCGAUGCAGCUAAUGUCAUAUACCAACUAUAUGAUGCAUACAACAUUACUUUACCAACUCCAAGAGAUAAAAAACUUAUUUGCAAAAAUAUUGGUAACAAUCAUGUUGUUAUUAAAAGAGAGGGAAUUCUCAAAGUUCACAUUGCACCAUUGAAGCUUAAGUCGGAAGCUAAAACAACACCAACUACAAUCAAAAUCUCUUUUUCCAAAAAGACUUCACACAAAGCUGCUGCCCCUACCGCUACAACCGCCGCUGCGAUUACAUCUUCCCCUGCACCAAAACCAAAGGCUAAACCCUCUUCUGUUGCAGGGAAAAUCACAAAAGUCGGUUCUCUUCCUCUUAGAUUUGUUAAAAUAUCUACUGCAACUAAUUCAGUUCAUGUUUCAGCCGUUCCUCAUAAUCCAAACGUCUCGAUUGUGAAAUCCACUAGAAGAAUAUUAUCUGUAAAAUUAAAGCUCCCCCCAAACUCAGAACAAAAGAAAGAACAUCAGAAAAACUAA